AUGGCUCGUCCUGGUGCACCUCGUCUGCAUAGGCUACCUCAGCGGUUAGACUAUACCCUCAUACCCGCUCCUCUAGAUAUAUCCCUACCUCAUAUGACCGAAAAAUCACCCCUCCCUGCGAUCAUCGUCACUCCGUCGUCACCUUCAGCAGAACAUCGUUUCUCAAUAGCGUUCCUCGCCCCACCCUUACCACCAUCUAAACCCUCGCUUCGCGAACGACUCUCAUCCACGCUGUUCUCGUUCAAAACGCGAACAGCGCUCUUGUUGUUGGUGAUUUGCUUUGUAAUGAUCUGCCACUUAGUCGCCCAUAAGAUGGCUACACACCGACCUCAUUUGGAUCUGGAUUUUGCUGUUCAGGAUGCGGAAGCCACUCGGUCUGUGGUCGGUGAAUGGUUUGGGUCACUGUGGGGGGACGGGGAUCAUGUCCCUGUGGACAACAAGCGUGAAUACAUCGUCAUGGAACCGUUGUAA